AAACGUCAUUUCCGGUUGUUGUAAAAAAGUUGGCGGGAAUACUACUCCAUGUGACUUGGUUUCACCGCGAGAUUUAUAACCGGGAGCGUGCGCACUGAAACCGCGUUCAUUCUCAACAAACAAACAAACAAACAAAUAAACAAACAGACGAUGAGCCGCGUGUUAAACUGCAUUGUUGCGGUUUGUCCAGAUUUGGGCAUCGGGAAAAACGGAACUCUGCCAUGGCACCCGAUCAGACUCAGUAAGGAAUUCAAGCACUUUCAGAAGAUGACCAUGACUCCUUCAGCAGAAGUGACAGGUAAGAAGAACGUGGUCAUCAUGGGCAGGAACACAUGGUACUCGAUACCGGUGCAGAACCGGCCUCUGAAGAACCGAAUCAACGUGGUCCUGAGCCGAGAACUCAAAGCGCCCCCUGAGGGAGCACACUACCUAGCGUCCGACUUAAGCUCAGCACUUCAUCUCCUGGACGAACCAGAGCUCAAAGCUCAAGCUGAUCAAGUGUGGAUUAUUGGUGGAAGCUCGCUCUAUAAGGAGGUGAUGGAGAGCUCGGGGCUGCGGCGUCUGUUCGUAACCAGGAUCCAGAAGCAGUUCGACUGCGACACGUUCAUUCCCGACAUCAAUCCCGACAAGUUCAGGCUCCUCCCCGAGUUCCCCGGAGUGGCGUCGGGAUUGCAGGAGGAGAACGGGCUGCAAAUCCCCCUGUUCUGUUCUAGUUUCCACCGUUUAAAGCAUCUUCAUGGCUGGGUUUCAUCCUCACCUGGUCCGAGCAGCUCGUCCCCAUUGUGUGUGUGUGUGAGAGAGAUGUUCCCCUGCCCUCCAUCCUCACUCCUCUCAUAAAUAUGCAUUCUGUCUUUCGUCUCGAGAGCUGAUGAUUAACAAAGCUCCUCGUAUUGAAUGAAAACCUUUAUGGAGCUCAUCUACACACACAUGCUCACACACACACACACACACUUUCAUCCUGCAUUAAUGCCCCAGCCCUGUUUAACAAAAGCCAGAGGCUGCAAUCCGCUCUAACCUUUGAGGCUGAUUGGUUUCAGGUCCCAGCAGGAGGCUAACGCUAAGCUGAAAAUUAGUGUGAUCGGCAGCCCCUUCCAAACCCUCAGCUCCCCUCAGCUCCCCUCAUCUCCCCUCAUCUCCCCUCAUCUCGCUCCUUAAACAACACUUCAUUUCUGACCGAAUCAUUACAUAAGCCUGUCUCCUUCUUCCGGUCCAUAAACACACCCCCAGUACGGAGCGGUGUUAAAUACAGUGUUUGUUAUAUUGUACCUCUGUUAAAGAUCACGCUCUGAUUUUAGCCAAACACGAAUAUAAAGUUUGAAAGCACAAACACAGUGAUGCCCCACGUCAGAAAUCAAGUUCGUUGGAAUUUUUUUUCUGCUCUGUUGUUCAUCAAUUACAUUCAUACUUGCAUAUUAAAUCCAUAAAAAUAAAUAUAUAAAAAAAAGGGAAAAAAAGAA